GGUAUCUGGAGUGUCUGGUUAUCAACUGUCUGGAGUGACGCCCUUUGAGGGGGACCUCCACUUAUUAUUACUGUUUCCCUCGUCCCUCAUGCCGCUACCAUCAUGAUUCUUUUAGAAAUUAACAACAGAAUCCUUGAGGAAACACUCACGGUGAAGAUUAGAAAUAGUUUAAAUGGCAAUAAAGCAGAGUCCAUUGAUGUAACUAUAGCAGACUUUGAUAGCGUGCUCUACCACUUAUCUAACCUUAAUGGUGAUAAGUCAAAAAUACUGGUGAGCAUCUCCUUAAAGUUUUACAAGGAGUUGCAAGAACAUGGAGCAGAUGACCUUAUCCAACAAGAAUAUGGCAGCCUUCUCAUGUCCGAAUCAGAGUCCGGUUUUAACGUAUCCCUCCUGCUGGACCUGGAGAAACUCCCCGAGGACUGGCAGUCGCUGGUCAAAAAGAUAGGGCUGCUCAAGAGGAACUGCUUUGCGUCGGUCUUCCAGAAAUAUUUUGAAUUCCAGGAACAAGGGCUGGAUGGUCAGAAGAAAGCAAUUAUACACUACAGAGAUGAGGAAACAAUGUACGUGGAGGCAAAGGCGGACAGAGUGACAGUGGUGUUUAGUACAAUCUUCAAGGACCCAGACGAUGUAGUUAUUGGCAAAGUUUUUAUGCAAGAAUUCAAGGAAGGUAAAAGAGGAAGUCAAACAGCGCCCCAUGUGUUAUUCUCUCACAAGGAGCCCCCACUAGAACUUCAAGAUACUGAGGCUAGACAAGGAGAAAAUAUCGGAUAUGUUACAUUUGUGUUAUUUCCCCGGCAUACGUGUAAGGCUGCGAGAGACAACACCAUAAACCUGAUUCACAUAUUCCGGGACUACUUGCACUACCACAUCAAGUGCUCCAAGGCUUACAUCCACUCCCGUAUGCGAGCCAAGACCACCGACUUCCUCAAGGUUCUCAACAGAGCGCGCCCAGAACCAAAUAAAUCUUCAUCGGAGAAGAAAACCGCAUCGGGUCGGGCAUUCAUGCGUGCCAACUGAUAGUGGAUGUUGUUUCGUAUUGAGUUAAGUGUCAACAUGAUCAACAUCUCCAUCUUGCUGUGAUUGGCUGCUGGGAACGUCCAGGGCAUGUUGUGUAGCAGUGGUUUAGCUCCAUUAGUGCUAGGACACAUGUUGGUCAUCACCUUGGAGUUUCAUCGAGCUAAUUUUUUUUCAGUGAGUGACUUUCGGAAAUCGGUGCUGGACUUAAGUACUGCAAGUACACGUACUUGUGUUUUUAUUUUAUUGCACAAAGUGAUAAUGAAGUUGAAAAAUUGCAUUAGCUGCUUUUUCUAUGGCCGUGCAUACUCCAUGUUCCCAAAAGGCAGAUUGCUGAGACUCUUAUAUAGCUUUUGCAGAUGAAGUUGUAGGUGAGCACCUCAUGUGCAGAGUGCAGUUGUUGUUGAUUAUUAGUAUCUUGAACCCAUACAGUUUUAUUCCCCAGUGACACUUGUCACAACCAUAUAGAUAGGAAUUAGCCUUUAUAAAGCCACUAUAAAUAAUACUUUACUUUUGAAUAUAUAGUCGUUAGAAAAUAAGCCUUUAUGAAGAAUCUGAGAAGAGUAUUCUACUUGUGAGCAUUUGGAGUCUUAGCCUUCUACCAUUUAGGGAUAUGGUCAUAUAAUUGGGUAAACCGCUGCUGUCGUCGUCCACCUCUUCCCUGUGGCCAUAAUCUUUCUUCCAAUGUUAGGAGCCAAUAUGGGGAAAUGCCACCAUGGGGUCAUAGAUUUAGGAUCUGAAAAUGUGCAGAAAACAAAAAAGUCAAAGGCCUGACUGCCAACCACCAAAGUUGUGUAGGUUUAGUUUAAGCUCAUUGAUUCUCAUACAACUAACCCCUCAAGUGCAGUGAAAGCAGGAAGUGUGUUGAGUGAGCAGUUCACUCUGCUAGCAAGUGAAGGAAUAACUACUUCCGGUAAUUUGGGUUUAACAUUCAUACUGCAGACCAAUUUGGGAUUAGUUCAUGAGUAUACAAUGAGGCUCUGGCUGGCAUUACCAUUCCUUAAACUCUUCCAAUCAGGAAAUUGAAACUUUUCAGUAUUUGUUGUGAUUGCCUUGGCCAGAUUAAGAAUUUUGUCUCCAUUUUCAUAAUGAGAAGGAAAAAAAAAAGAAUGAUUAUAUUUAGAGUAAUAUUGUUUUGAUUUAUUGGUGUUUAAAGAUAUUAAGAAUACUGUAUUAUAGUCCAAAUCUGUGGUCUAGGAUGAUAAUGGCAGAUCUCAUGCAUUUCACACAAUCAAGUAUCGGGUGUACAGUACUAGCUAUGGGGUGAUAUUUCACUAAAUGCUUUGGUGAGACACUGACUGGUAACUCUGUUAAUCUUUAUUUCUUAGAAAUUGUGACAGAUCUUGCUCAUAUGUGGUAUAAUAUUAUGACACGUUAGUAUACCCACCCAGUAUAUAGGCUAAUUAUGUAUGGUUUAACUGUAAAAAUAUUGUUAUUCUUCACAACUAUGAUAAUGAGAAUAUUACUUGCAUAGGUCAGUAGAUUUUUUAUAUUUGAUUUUGUGUUUGUGUUUAUUUCAAUAGGGGUAAAUAUGAAGUAAUUAUUAAAUCCUGGAGUAUCAAACAUUGUCUGUGUGUGAGACGAUGGUUAUUGGAUAUAUGGGCACUAAAACUAUACCCAGUUCCACUGAGGUGUUCUUAUCUUGUUGAAGAGAUAAGUGAUGCACACGCUUGAAACUUUUGUCCGUACGUUAUCAUAGAUAUAGUCGAGUGUCUCCGAAGUCCCAUACCUUAUCCCCCAUCCAUUUUCUUGUGUCAACUGAUAAAUGACUACAUUACUAUGAUUGUUGAGAUCCCCAUCUGCUUAUUUAUGUCUGGAUGGAACUGUUACAUAGAGUGGUGAACAUUUGUAAAUAUUUUAGUAAGAUGGAAGGUAUUAUGAAACUUUAAACAGUUUCUCCCUGAUUAAUGUCAUUGUUUUGAUGUGGUGGUGGUGGUGCCUUCCUUCAUCAAUGUCUUCAUACCAUUUAUUAAGAGUAAAGUAUCAAUUCCGUGGUUCACUUGGGAUUAUUUAUGAGUCGGAAGUAUUUGACGAGUUUGUAAAAAGAAAAUAUCUUUAAGUAAGCACAUGACCAAAGUACUGCGCAGAUGUUGAGUGAUAUUCUGCCUGUUGAUUAUGGUAUGACUUAGCACAUGUGUUAUCGAGCUGAGAGUGUCUCAUGUCAAGACACCAUUUUAUAUAAUAUAUAUAUAUAUAUACUCUUAAAAAAAACAUUCCUAAUAUUUUGUGCCAUUAUUCUCUUAUUUUGCCAUUUGCUCCUCUUUAUUAUCUCUCAUUGCAAUAUUUAUUUAGUCUCUUGUUAGUUUUUCCUCAGCUUACAAGUCUUCAUUACAGGUGUGACACAAGGUUGUUUCUAGUACAGGUACCAGAGUGUACAGAACAGGUGCAUACUUAUGGCGACACACACACAAGAAUAUUAAGCCGGGAGAUCCGACGUGACGUAGAGUUAUGGUAUUGGUCGAGUACGUGAUUAGGGAAGGCAGCACCCCCCCCCCCUCCCCCACUAUCCUAAUACUACUAUUCCGAGUGACUUAUGUUGUUGUUAAUUGAUUUUGAAUGAUUGUGGACCCAUACUGUUUGGAUGUGCUUGGUAAUAAUAAUAAUAUUUUCUUCGAGGAACUUGUCUGGGUCAUUUUGGGUACGAUCAAGCUUCCUAUUCCAGUACGACGGGAGUUCCUGGGUUUUGUUCCCCCUCCUGCUCCCGCGUGUUAUGGUAUGCCUGUGGCCGUACAUCUUUCCUGCUUUGCUGAGUACUUGCAUAUUUGGUCUUGCUUUUUUUUUUAUUGAGGGAAGGAUUUUUUUUUUUUUUUGUGAAUUAUAUUACUGUAUUUUGCACUUGAAAAAAAAAUUUUUGUCAUAUAUUUUCAUUGGGAAUAUUUUAAGGAGUGUCGUCACAGAAUAAAGGGAGUCCUGAGUGUCCCGCCUACUGUUCGGACCUCCUCGAGAUAACCCCAAAUUAAAGCGUAAAUAGGUUUGACGAUCUUGAAAAAAAAGUUAUUGUUUACAGAGGCUUAGUUUAUGAUUAUUUGAUGAUACAAGUAUAAGGAGUCAAUAGGUGGGGUUAUUUCUUUCUCUCUUUCUAAAUAUUGUUAUACUGUUGGCUUAUGAGUCAUGUUCGCAGUUGUUAGUAGGAGUUUGCCGAAAAGACCAGUGCAGCGGUGCGGUGUUUAUCAAGUUUUGUGUUGUGAUUAUUUCCCCUCCCCUCUCUCCCCUUCUGAGAAACUGAUGAGGACCCACUUGCGAUAACCAACACAUUUCCCUACCAUAGAUUGUAGAGAGGUAAAGAAAACACAAUGACAUUCAACUUAUUUUGCUAAAUUUCGGAGUUAACGGUAACCGAAAGACCGGAACCUUUAUUGUGUGCUGUGUUCUUUUAUUGUCAUGCAGUCUGGAAUAUUUUGUAAAGUAAAUCACAUAUCUUGUUAGAUUUUUCUCAACAAGGGUUUACCAUUAUGAGUGGCAUUUGAUGGUGAGAGUUCAAUAGGUACUGUAUACAUUAUCUGAUGAUCCCUUCCCUCGAGGAUUUUAUGGCAACAACAUAGCCAAGGUCUUGUUAGUUAUUUUGGUCUAUGUCUUGUUUGUAAGUUGGGACCUACAGUAAAUAUAUUGCACUGCUGAACUCCAAAUGCUACUGAUAUAUAUAUUGAUACAUGGAGCCUAAAAAAAUAUACUGAAAUAAUAAAAAGAGAGGUAUACUGUAUAACAUAAUUAAACAGUUGUGUGUUCAUUUCUAAAUCAGUUCUGUCUCAGUAAAGCUUUUUAUUGUUUCACGUUUUUAUUUGACAUUUUUUUAUUCCUCUGCCAGUCAAGUAUACUUCAUUUGGAUGGGAUAGGGUAUUAUUCCUCCUUUUUGAAUAUUUUUUUGCUUUGUGCACAUGAUGUGUGUUCUUGGCCUGAUGACGUUUCACUGCCAAAUUAGAAGAAUCGUAGCAUUUACCCACAGAUCAAGUUAUGUGCAAUUCCACUUUUUGACAGCAUUAGCAAAAAAAUUCUCCAAAGUUCUUUAAUUAUUAUAAAUAUAUUUUCCAAGAUUCUUCAGUAAUAAUUCUGCACAUUAUAUAUAACUGAUGUCAAUUUUUUUUUCUAAUAAAGCUCAAUACAUAUAUAUAAUUUAAACUUUAUGUCAGCUGUUGGAAGCUUCAAGAUAGAACUGUGGGGUGUUGGAGUGUUAAGCUUGACAAAUCCAAGAAACAGUAUUUGCCAGCUAGUAGGAAACGACCCUUAAUACUUAAGCAUGUGGAAACGUUAAUAUUGCCAGGUGUGGUAAAUACUUUUGGCGUGUACAUUCUAUAUAUUUAUAUACGGUGCAGUACUCAUUUUACUAAUGUUGAUAAAUUUAGAACUGGCUUUAUUGAAUAACAUCAUAUUAUAUAUUUGCAGUGUAACAAUCUUCAUGGCUUCCUUACAAUGAUUGAAAACUUGUUUGUGAAGAAUGAGAGAAAGCUUUUCACUCUUUAACAUUUUUAACCACUUUGUGUACUGUAACCCUCUUCAUCGAAUUAUUGGCUGUUAUGUGCACUCUAACACUCAAGGAGAGGUUUACCACUGCAUAAAGAACGGACAGGAACAAAAGCCUUGACUGUAUUAUUUAAGUCUUAUGCUCCCACUUAAAACAGAGGGACUCUAGUAUUUGUUGAAGAAGUCAGUCCUCAAAUAUCAUCACUGGUUCUUGUCCCACAUACUUACUAGCUGUUAUAGAGUAUUAAAAGAACAACCACUUCACGCUAUGCGUUCCUUAACUUUCAAAAUGUGCAAAGAAUGACUUAGACCUAAUGAUUUGUAAUAAACAUUUUAUCAACCAAGAGUAUGCAAUAAAUUAUAUAUGAAAUAC